AGGACUCCGUGUAUAAAUACAAAGAUGACCACACCCUUCACACCAUUUCGUCCCCCAUCUCAAUCUCUCUAACCCUUUCCAAGUUCCAACCUACAAAACGCGUCUAUCAUCCCUUGAUCAUCAUCUUGCCUAUCCCUUUUAUCUUUGGUCCUUAUCUUUCCUGCCUGCCUGGUCAAGCCCAUCCCGCAAUGGCCGUUCAAGCUCAAUACCCAUCCAAUCCUAUUUCCCCUGAUUUCCUCCUCUCCAGGGUGGCAGCAGGGAGUGGGAGAACAACAACUCCAAUGGAUGCAAAUGGGUUGUUAAUGUAUAAUGGCAAUGGUGGUGCAGUGCUAAGUGAUCCACAGAGCCAAUUAACAACAACGUUCAAUCAUCCUGUAUCAACCAUGUCCAUGUCUAUGUCCAGGAAGAGGAACAGAGAUGAAUUGAUGCCCCUGCCUUAUCAGUUUCAAUACCAACUCGCUCCGAAUCCAUCCGAUGCUCACACACGGGUGGUUGAGUCCGCCGGAGCCUCAACCAGUGGGAGACUAGUAACUGCACCUGGUCUUCUCGCUGCUCAUCUCUCUCAUGAAGUCGACUUCCUCCUUCGUCAACACAACGAAAGGCUACGUGUGGGACUGGAGGAAUCGGCGAAGAGGCACUGUUCUGUGCUUCAUUCGGUCCUGGAAAAACAGUUUCUUGCAAGUCUACAAGAGAAACAAGAAGAACUACAGAAAGCCGUGCAAAGGAACUUAGAACUGGAGGUGAAGGUGGGACAGUUAAAUGCUGAGAAGGAGAUGUGGUUCACUGCUGCAAAGAACAGUGAAGCCAUUGUAGCUGGUCUCAAGGAAAGCCUUGAACAAGCACUGCUUAUUCAAUGCCAAGCAGUCACCAAAGAGUGCGGUGAUAUCAGUUAUCCUACCGCUGAGGAUGAAGAGUCAUUCUGUUUACAAGGUGAAGAGAAGGAUAAAAGGGGUACUUCAGGAGUUGGGGUUGACGUUGAAGAAGGCAUUGGAGAAAGCCCAGAGAUGUUGUGCCAGAACGUGAUCAAGUGUUGCAGGGUUUGCCAGGAGAGGGACGUGUGCGUCCUAUUACUCCCCUGCAAACAUCUGUGCCUCUGCAAAGACUGCGCUUCAGCUCUGGAUACUUGCCCUGUUUGCAGGUCUCCCAAGAAUGCCAGCCUUCAUGUCAUUAUCCCUCACCUUCAAUCUCUCUAAUUACUCUUUCUUUACCAUAGGACUUUUGGUUCUUUUUG